AUGGAAAGUGUUAGUGGUGUUACUGGUGUAUCUGGAACCCAACCUGAGUUGGAAGCACCUGCUGUAGAGACUGUUACUCCUCAGUCUCAGCAGCCUUUGCCUCCACCUGUUCCAAAGAAAAGGAAAGAGGUUGAAUCCAGGGCUCCAUGUUGGGAUCACUUUGAAAAGAUCAAAGACAGUGAUGGCAUUGUCAUCAAAGGAAAAUGUAUAUAUUGUGCAAAAGUGUAUUGCUGUGAGAGCAAGAAACAUGGGACUUCUUCUCUCAGACUUCAUGUGGUAAACUGCCUUAAAAAUCCUCACUCUAAGGAGACAAGGCAGUCCCUACUCACAUUCCAACCUGCACCUUCUUCUGCUGGAACUCAAAGUAGUGAAGGAACUGAAGGGGUGUUGGGUACUUGGGUGUUUGAUCAAGACUUGAUAAGGAGAGCCUUAGCUGAGAUGAUUAUUUUAGAUGAACUUCCUUUUAGGAUUGUUGAGGGACAUGGUUUUAGAAAGUUUGUUUUAGUUUGCUGUCCUAGGUUUAAAAUCCCUUCAAGAUGGACUAUCAGUAGGGACAUUUUCAAGAUAUUUUCUGAUGAGAGGGUCAACUUGAAGAAGUUUUUUAGGACUAGCAGUCAGAGGGGGGAAAGUAUUGCAAAGGCUUUAAAGAGUUGCCUUUUGGACUGGGGUCUAAAAUCAGUGUUUAGUGUGACAGUAGAUAAUGCUUCCAGCAAUGAUACUGCCCUAGGAUUCUUGAAGAAGAAGUUGGGCUCUUGGGGUUGUACUGUUGUUAGGUGUAAGUAUUUGCACAUGAGGUGCAUUGCUCACAUUCUUAACUUGGUGGUACAGGAUGGGUUGAAAGAAUGUGACAGUUCUGUUAAGAAAGUCAGGGAUGCUGUUAGGUAUGUGAGGAGCUCACCUGCUAGGUUGCAGAAGUUUAAAUCACUAGCUGAUCUAAUUGGGGUGGAAGCUAAGAAUUCUCUGUGUCUAGAUGUCCCUACAAGGUGGAAUUCCACAUAUAUGAUGCUUAAUACUGCAUUACUGUUUCAGAAGGUAUUUGAAGCCUAUGAUGAUCAUGACAGUUCAUUUAAAUCUGAUUUGGGUGGAAGUGUACCUGAUUUCUUAGAUUGGGAAUCAAUUCAAUCUUUGGUUAUGAUUCUAAAAUCUUUUUAUGAAAUGACUGUUAGGAUUUCUGGAUCAUUGUAUGUGACUUCUAAUACCUUCUUCUCUGAGAUUUCUGAUUUGUCUUGCUUGUUGAAAAAUAUGGAGGAAGCUACAGAAGAUAGUGUUAAACUAAUGGGUAAAAAUAUGAGGGCAAAAUUUGAUAAGUAUUGGGGUGAGCCUGAAAAAAUGAAUUUUUUGAUAUUCUAUGCAAAUAUCUUAGACCCCAGGGACAAAAUUGAGUAUAUGCCCAUUCAGUUUAACCAGUUAUAUGGUGAGGACAAGGGUAAAACAAUGUUUGAUAAGGUGAUUGUUGGCCUUAAGGAGUUGUUUGAAGAUUAUGUUGCAUGCUUCCCUGUCCAGUGUGUUGAACAAUCUGAAAAAUUUUCUCCCUCAAUAACAAUAUCUGAUUCAGUUUCUGUUGGGAGACCUCAAUCAUUACUGAAAUCUCAGAUUAAGAAGCAAAAAUUGGUGAGUGGGGAUUUGUCUAGGAAAAAAACUGAGUUGGAAGUGUAUCUCUCUGAGGUUAUUGUGGAUGAGGAUGAUUCAUUUGACCUUCUAAGAUGGUGGAAGCAACAAUCUGAAAGGUUCCCUGUCUUAUCUAAAAUGGCAAGGGAUAUUCUAGUUGUUCCAAUAUCAACUGUUGCUUCUAAAUCAGCAUUCAGUACAAGUGGAAGGGUACUUGAUGCCUUUAGGAGUUCCCUAACUCCUAGAAUUGUUGAGGCAUUGGUGUGUGCACAGGAUUGGCUAAGGUUAAGCAACCAACCAAUCUCAAUUGAAGAAAAUAUUGAAGAUGUUGAAAGGAUUGAGAAAGAGUUGUGCUGCACAUCCAGCACUGGAACUGGAAUGCCUACAAUUGUUGUAUUGUAUCAUGUAUGUGUAUCAAUGAUUCAAAUCAAUGUCCCUCGUGAGGCUGGGAAGUUGGAACUGGAAACUGGAAAGUGCUCAUGGCUAGGUAACAUUUUAAAUGUUGCUGCCAUUGAGCUCAGGAAGAAGAAUAGACAUAGACUGAAUGUUGAUGUGCUGAUUGGAGAGUUGGAGACUGAUGCAGUGAUGCUGUUGGAACUUGCCUGCUUGCUAUGA